CACACUAACAUUGAUCUAUUGACUUGACUUCUCUCUUUCCCCUCCUUUCUUUCUUCUUUUCGUCUUCUCUUUUUGUUACUCUUUUGCGUUCUCUUCUUUUCUCUCUCUAAUGGCUCCUGUUUCUCUCAUUUUUUCAUCCAUUCUUUCCUUCUUUCUCCUUGUUUCCCCUGCUCUCUCAACCAACUCUGAAGGAAAUGCUUUGCAUGCUUUAAGAAGCAGGUUUAAGGACCCUACAAAUGUGUUGCAGAGCUGGGACCCAACUCUGGUCAAUCCCUGCACCUGGUUUCAUGUAAGCUGCGAUGCCAACAAUCAUGUGAUUCGCUUGGACUUGGGAAACUCUAACAUUUCUGGGACUUUGGGGCCUGAGCUUGGUCAGCUUCAGCAUCUGCAGUACUUGGAGCUUUACAGGAAUGACAUUGGGGGGAAAAUUCCGAAGGAAUUGGGUAAUCUGAAGAACCUUGUUAGCUUGGACUUGUAUGAAAACAGAUUUGAAGGAGAAAUACCGAAGUCUUUUGCCAAAUUGAAGUCACUUCGAUUUCUGCGGUUGAACAACAACAAGCUAACUGGAUCUAUUCCAAGGGAACUCACCACUCUAUCAGACCUUAAAGUCUUUGAUGUUUCCAACAACAAUCUAUGUGGAACAAUCCCUGUUGAUGGCCCUUUUGCAAGCUUUCCAAUGGAAAGUUUCGAGAACAAUAGGCUCAAUGGACCGGAGCUGCUAGGACUGGUGCCUUAUGACUUUGGAUGCUGAAGGAAAAUUAGGAUUUGAUGGAAUUUCUAUGGAAGACUGUGAUAGCUAAGUCUUAUAUAUGGUGAAGUAGCUGAAACAAAUGCCUAGUUGUAUCGUGUGUGUUUUUAAUGUGUGAAAUAACUAAAGCAAGUAAAAUAAGACUGAAGCAAAUUUGAAGAGUGAAAGCCUUAGUUUUAUCCUCGAUGAGGAAUGCAAUUUGCGUUGCAGCAGCGUAUGAAAAAGUGCAGCUGUUGGCACACCAAUUUUUUAUGAA